GCGGGCGCCGCACGGUGCCCGGCGGGCCACCCCUUGGCUCUGCCGCGCGGCGGCUGGGCUCGCCGGCGCGGCGGGGGCCGGCGGGUCCGAGGAGGCGUUCACGAAGUUUGGCGCGGGGUAUUGCAGGGCCGAGUCGGACACAGACAUGAGCAACCAGCACCCCUGGACGGCUAGAACGGAAUGCAUCGCCCUGGAAGAGUGCCAGCACAAGUGCUUAGACGGUGACAACGGUGUCCCUUGCGCAGGACUCGCGUGGGCCGAGGAGUCGGCCGAGGACAAUUCCUGCAAGCAGGCUGGCAAGCCAAGG